AUGGAUUCAAGCGUCUUAGAAACACAGUCAGAACAGAAGAUGGACAAAGCGCAAACUGAUGAAAACGCUCAUUCAAAUAUAGACAAGGUCGACCAACAAAUAAAGUUUUCUAUUCGGAACAUUCUGCAAUUACCUAGAGAUGCUCAGAGCGAAGGUGAACAACUCGAUGGAAAGGUAGAGGAAAAGCACAAAUCGCACCUCAAGGGGAAAAGAAAGCGAACAACAUUCUCCACUCGUCAGCUACAGGAACUUGAGAAAGCUUUCAGAAAGAUGCAUUACCCAGAUGUAUUUCUCAGGGAAAAAUUAGCUUGCAAAAUAAAACUUCCGGAGUCGAGGAUACAGGUAUGGUUCCAGAACCGCCGGGCUAAAUGGCGCAAGAAGGAGAAGUUUUCCAGUUGUCAAGGAAUACUUGCUGCCUGUAGUCUACCCUUUCCUCUCGGCUGGUCAACGCAACAGGCCGCGGCUCUGCUUCACUCGCAGAGCAAGUUCCUGGCAAACUUCUUCAGAAGGAGCCCAGCGUCCGACAUGUCGGCGAAGAUCACCACUAGUGAGCUGGUUGUACCCCGUGCCUUCGUAACCCACGGUACCAAUGGGUUCAGUUACCAGUCUAAGACUGUUUCCAAAAUAUAG